AGUGGGUUGCGCGCUCCGUCGGCUGCCGGAGUGCGGGGUGGCGUCGGCCGGCGUCGCAGCGCGUCCGGCUCCCGCGCGCUUUCGGAAGCAGCCCGGGAGUCACCUUCAGGCCAUUCAGAGGAGGGAAGAGUGGGAAAUAUGAAGUCAACCAAAUCUCAUGAGAACCACAAUCAGCACGGGGAAAACGACCAGCCAUCUACUCUCAGUUCUGCUGCAUCUCCUUCCCAGGCCUAUGAAACCUAUAUCGAGAAUGGACUCAUAUGCCUUAAACACAAAAUUAGAAACAUCGAGAAAAAGAAGCUCAAACUGGAAGAUUAUAAAGACCGCCUGAAAAAUGGAGAGCAGCUUAACACAGACCAGCUGGAAGCAGUGGAGAAGUAUGAAGAAGUUCUGCAUAAUUUGGAAUUUGCCAAGGAGCUUCAGAAAACCUUUUCUGCGCUGAGCCAAGAUCUACUGAAAGCACAGAAAAAGGCCCAGAAAAAGGAGCACAUGCUAAAACUUGAGGCUGAGAAGAAAAAACUUCGAACUAUACUUCAAGUUCAGUAUGUAUUACAGAGCUUGACACAAGAACAUGUACAAAAAGAACUCAAAGGGGGCUUGAAUGGUGCAAUGUAUUUGCCUUCAAAAGAACUCGACUACCUCAUUAAAUUCUCAAAACUGACCUGCCCUGAAAGAAAUGGAAGUCUGAGUGUUGAAGACCAGAUGGAGCAGUCGUCCUUGUACUUUUGGGACCUUUUGGAAGGUAGUGAGAAAGCAGUGGUAGGAACGACAUACAAACAUGUGAAAGAUCUUCUGUCUAAACUGCUGAACUCAGGGUAUUUUGAAAAUGUCCCAGUUCUCAAAAAUUCUAAGGAAAAAGAGGAAGAGAUGGUAAUGCAAUCAGAAAAGAAGAAACAAUUACUGAAGACUGAAUCUAUCAAAGAGUCAGAAUCUCUUGUGGAACUUGUGCAGCCAAAGAUACAACCACAGGAGUUUCUGAACAGACGCUAUAUGAAUGAAGUAAAUUAUUCAAGAAAACAAGAAAAUAAGGAACGAUCUUGGGAAGCAGAUUAUGCUAGAAAACCAAAUCUCCUCAAAGGCUGGAAUACGCUUCCUGAAUCAGAUGGUCAAGAGAAGCAGCAGGAGUCCUUCGAGUCUUGGGAGUCUUCUGUUAAGUCCCAGGAGGUAUCAAAGCCUGUGGUUUCCUUUGAUCAGGGGAACCUCCGGUCAACAUUACAGGAAAAGCAGAAGCAACAGAUUUUUGUGACACCUGUGAGUCAUUGGAAGUCAGAAUACCCUAAGUCCAAAGUGGACACCCCUCAAGAAGAGCAGAACAUACAGGAUACACCAAAGCCGUGGGUGGUUCAGCCUCAGAAAGAACAAGAUCCAAAGAAGGUACCUCCUGGAUCCUGGACAGUCUCUGUGCAAAGUGAACAGAGCAGCAGCAGCAGCAGGUCCUGGACCACUCCUGUGUGCAGAGAAGGGGAUUCAACAAAGCCUCCAACUUCAGUGUCCUGGGAAAACAAUGCUGAGAACCAGAAACACUCCUCAGCACCACAGUCACAGACGCCUCUAAAGUCCUGGGGAGAAGCUUCAGCUGACCUGUUACCAAAUGACAAGCUCCUGCCCAGGAAGUUAAAUGUAAAACCCAAAGAUGUGCCUAAGACCAUACCCCAGCCUGUAGACUCUUCUUCUCCCUUUCCAAAGGAUCCACUGUUGAGGAAAGAAAAGCUGCAAGACCUCAUGACCCAGAUUCAAGGGACUUGUCACUUUAUGCAAGAGUCUGUCCUAGAUCUUGACAAACCCUCAAGUGCAGUUCCGUCACCACAGCCACCUUCAGCUUCUCCAGUCUCUACAGUAUCUGCAGAGCAAAACUUGUCCAAUCAAAGUGAUUUUAUUCAAGAGCCAUUACAGGUGGCUUCUUCUCCAGUUACUUGUAGCUCAAAUGCUUGCUUGGCUACUACUGAUCAGGCUUCUUCGGGAACUGAAACAGAAUUUAUGACCUCAGAGACCCCUGAGACGACAGUUCCCCUCAGCAAGCCAGCACCUCCCUUGUCGAAAGGCUUCCAGUUCCCUCCUGCAAGGGGAAGCUCAGCAGCCGUUAGCACAGUGCCCUUUCAAGCCAUGCAGACAGUGUUUAAUGUUAAUGCACCUCUCCCUCCACGGGAAGAACAAGAAGUAAAAGAAUGCCCUUAUUCACCUGGCUACAAUCAAAACUUUACUUCAGCAAGUACGCAGACAAUAUCCCAAUGCCAGCUUCCAGCCAUACACAUAGAACAGACAGCCCAACCUCCAGAUACUGCUGCAGGUUACCAUCCUGAUGGAACUGUUCAAGUAAGCAAUGGCAGCCUCGCCUUUUACCCAGUACCCACGAGUGUGUUUCCCAGUCCUGCUCAGCCGUUCAUCAGCACUCGGGGGUCUGGGAGAGGAUGCACACGUGGAGGGAGGUUACUAAUGAACCCCUGCUGGUCUUCUUGUGGCUACAAAGGUUUUGAUAGUUGCAGAGGACCCCCUUCAGCUUCUAAUGGGAAUUAUAGCCACCUGCAGCUGCACGCUACAGAAUAUCCGGACACACCUUACACUCAAGGGGAUAAUUUCCAGCAGUGCUAUAUCAGAUCAGGGACAUCUAAUGGUCUUCAGGCAAAUUCAAGAGGGUGGAGCGACUCCUCUCAGGUGAGCAGCCCAGAAAGAGACCGUGAGACUUUUAACAGUGGAGACUCUGGGCAAGGAGACUCCCGGAGCAUGACCCCUGUGGAUGUGCCAGUGACCAGCCCGGCAGCUGCCAUCCUUCCUAUACACGUCUAUCCCCUGCCUCCGCAAAUGCGAGUUGCCUUCUCAGCUGCCAGAACAUCCAAUUUGGCUCCUGGAACUUUAGACCAGCCUAUUGUGUUUGACCUUCUCCUGAACAACUUGGGAGAGACAUUUGAUCUUCAGCUUGGUAGAUUUAAUUGCCCAGUGAAUGGCACAUAUGUGUUCAUUUUCCAUAUGCUAAAACUGGCUGUGAAUGUACCACUGUAUGUCAACCUCAUGAAGAAUGAGGAGGUCUUGGUGUCAGCCUAUGCCAAUGAUGGUGCUCCAGACCAUGAGACAGCUAGCAACCAUGCCAUUCUCCAGCUCCUGCAGGGAGACCAGAUAUGGUUGCGCUUACACAGGGGAGCAAUUUAUGGGAGUAGCUGGAAAUACUCUACAUUUUCAGGCUACCUUCUUUAUCAAGAUUGAAAUUCAGUGCAGAGUAAAAGAAUGAAGUCCUCACUGGUGGACAUAAGGAAAUGUAGUCCUUGUCCUGGUGAUUAGCUGGUUGGGGAAAAUAUUUUGUUCCUAGAGGAAGAAGGAGGUCCUUACUUUUUUGUUUUUCUCAUUAUGUGAAAACUUUGAAGCAGAAUUAUAAUUAGCACUAACCUGGCACUUUACAAAUUGUGAUGUAGCCUUGCUAGUCACACAGUGAAUGUGUAUCGUUUGCACUUAGCCCUCAGCUGUGUCUGCGUACUGACUGACUGCCUCGACUUCAGACCAGUUACAAUGCC